AUGUUUGUAGUGUGCCUUUCCAUAACAACCGUUCGCCAUUUAACUGGAGCGGUUCGAUAAAUUGUGAAUGUGAGCAUGAGCCUGAUUUUGAUUUGCUUUGAUCGUGAUUCGUAUCGUUGUUGUCGGUGUAAAAAGAUUCGUAAUCAUCCGUUUGGGUAAAUUCGCUAAAGCUUAUACUAUUAUCGUUGGUAAAUUCGGAUAAACUUUUAGCCAAUAUUUGGCUUGGACUAGCAGAGCAAUCUUGAACACGUCCACACUCCAUAGUCAUGUUUAGGUUUUCAUGUUUUUAACAACACGACAAUUCGCAUAAAACUCGACUCCGGAGCCGAGACAAACGUUCUAACAAAGAAAGAUUUCGAAGCCGCUGUUCCAAAACGACAACGUCGUAGCAAGCUCAAAACGAGCGCCGCAAAACUGACCGCUUUCGGGGGCCAUAACAUUCCUGUCAUCGGAAAAUGCUAUUUAAAGUGUCAAUACAAAGGAGCGACUGAAGUACUCGAGUUUCAAGUGGUCGAGACGGGCAAAUCCUUGCUCGGAUGUAGAAACUGUAAAAGUAUGAAACUUAUAACCUUUCAUAACGUAGACCAGCUGCGCAACAAGCCAAUUAACGACGCGUCACCUCAAAGUUCACUAAACGGACUUACAAGUGAACAGAUAUUCGAGAAAUAUUCCAAAUGCUUUGACGGAUUAGGACGCAUAUCAGACCCUUAUCACAUUAAGAUUAACUCUGACGCAACGCCUGUUGUUCAUCCACCUCGUAAGCUUCCUUCAGCGUUGAGAGAUCGAGUCCAGAACGAACUACAAGAAAUGGAAUCCAGGGGAAUCAUUAAGAAAGUCAACGAGCCCACGGCAUGGGUAAACUCCAUGGUAGUUAACGAGAAACGCUCGGGAAAAUUACGCAUAUGCAUCGAUCCACGAGAUCUCAACAAAGCUCUGCGUAGAGAGCAUUACCAACUCCCCACACAGCAGGAGAUAACAAGCCGCCUGACAGACGCCAAAUUCUUCAGUAAACAGGAUGCGAACACUCUGGAUUUUGGCAAAUGCCACUUGACGAAGAGAGCUCUUAUUUGACGACAUUUAAUACGCCAUUUGGUCGCUAUCGCUUUACUGUGAUACCAUUUGGUGUCGUGUUUGCACAAGAGGUGUUUCAUAAAACUGUCAACGAGAAAUUUCAUGAUUUACCCGGAUGCGAGACGGACAUCGAUGAUAUUUUGAUUUGGGGACGAAUACUGGAAGAACAUGAUCAAAACCUUGAACGGGUCCUCAAUCGAGUGACAGAAAGACAAAUGUCAGUUUCGACAAACCAAGGUCACCUAUCUGGGAGAAACGCUUACGGCAAAUGGUGUCAAGCCUGA